CUACAACUACAGUGGCUGACACAACUACGGCAGAUACUACAGCAGCUGAUGCCACAACUACAGUGGCUGAAACAACUACAGCUGAUGCUACAACAGUUGCUGAUGCAACAACGGCUGAUGUUACAACAACAGUAGCUGACAUUACUACAACUGAUGCUACAACAACAGUUGCUGAUGCAACAACGGCUGAUGCUACAACAACAGUAGCUGAGACAACUACAGUGGCUGAUACAACUACGGCAGAUAUUACAGCUGCUGAUGCUACAACUACAGUGGCUGACGCAACUACAGCUGAUGCUACAACAGUUGCUGAUGCAACAACGGCUGAUGUAACAACAACAGUAGGUGAUGCUACAACUACAGUGGCUGACGCAACUACGGCAGAUACUACAGCAGCUGAUGCUACAACUACAGUGGCUGAAACAACUAUAG